AUGGAGCUCUAUGGGGAGUACCAAGAGCACCAAGGAGGCUCGGGCAGACGGGAGGCCACACGCCUGCUGACAGAGAGACAGAUCAAAAAACAUGGCAAUCAUCCCCGCAGCCACGGGAGGACACGGCAUGGCCGCCGUGGUCAUGGACAAAACGGAUACCACGGUCGGCACAGCUUUUACAGCAAACAGAGGAACAGGCGCCAAUCCAACAUGGAGGCGGAGCCUGCUGAGGAGCUUACAGCCGAACCUGACAUCACAUCCUCUAUAAAGAAGAAACGCUCCUACUCCAAAUGUAGAGACUGCAUCGCACGGGUCCAGAGAUUCCUUGUGACCAGGUUGGGAGAGGACUGGAUCUUCCUAGUUCUGCUGGGCAUCACAAUGGCGCUGGUCAGCUGGAGUAUGGACUAUGCCAGCGCAAAGAGCCUGCAAGCCUAUAAAUGGAUCUAUGGGGAGCUGAAGGGGAACAUCCCCCUGCAGUACCUGGCAUGGGUUUCAUACCCUCUGAUCUUCAUCCUGUUCUCCUCCCUCUUCUGUCACCUGGUCGCUCCUCAAGCUAUCGGUUCUGGCAUCCCAGAGUUAAAAACCAUCCUGAGAGGAGUGGUGCUAAAGGAAUAUUUAACUCUCAAGGCCUUUGUUGCCAAAGUCAUCGGUCUGACUGCUGCCCUGGGCAGCGGGAUGCCAGUCGGCAAAGAGGGCCCGUUUGUUCACAUUGCCAGUAUCUGUGCAGCAGUUCUCAGCAGGUUCAUGUCCUUCUUUUCAGGAGUUCAUCAGAAUCCAUACUGUUACACAGACAUCCUGACAGUGGGCUGUGCUGUAGGUGUGGGCUGCUGCUUUGGAACUCCACUUGGAGGCGUGCUCUUCAGCAUAGAGGUCACAUCCACCUACUUUGCUGUGAGAAACUACUGGAGAGGAUACUUCGCUGCCACAUUCAGUGCCUUCAUUUUCAGAGUUUUAUCUGUGUUCAACAAAGAUGCAGUAACCAUCACUGCUCUGUUCAGGACAAACUUUCGCAUGGACUUCCCCUUUGACCUGCAGGAGCUGCCGGCUUUCGCCAUCAUCGGAAUCUGCUGCGGGUUCCUCGGCGCCUUCUUCGUCUAUCUCAACAGACAAGUGGUGCUGUUCAUGAGACGACCCAACGCCAUGACCCGCUUCCUCACCAAAUACCGGCUCGUCUUUCCUGCUGUGGUCACUCUCGUCAUCGCCACCUUGACCUUCCCACCAGGGUUUGGACAGUUCAUGGCGGGCGAGCUGAUGCCCAGGGAGUGCAUCAGCUCUCUGUUUGACAACUUCACAUGGACAAAGAUCUCCGGAUCUCCUCCCCCGAUCGGUCUGGGCCGCUCCAUCGCCUGGGUGCACCCUGAUGUCAGCGUCUUCAUCGUCCUCCUCCUCUUCUUAAUCAUGAAGUUCUGGAUGUCUGCUGUGGCCACCGCCAUGCCCAUUCCAUCCGGGGCCUUCAUGCCUGUCUUCAUACUGGGAGCUGCGUUCGGCAGGCUGGUUGGGGAGAUCAUGGCCACCUUGUUUCCUCAUGGGAUCGUGUUUGAUGGCAUCCUUUACCGCAUCAUCCCUGGAGGGUACGCAGUCAUUGGAGCUGCAGCUUUGACAGGAGCCGUAACUCACACUGUGUCCACAGCGGUUAUUUGCUUUGAGCUGACAGGCCAGAUCUCCCACAUCCUGCCCAUGAUGGUGGCAGUGAUCCUGGCCAACAUGGUGGCGCAGGGUCUGCAGCCCUCCCUCUACGACUCCAUCAUCCAGGUCAAGAAGCUGCCGUACCUGCCCGAGCUUGGUUUUGGACACAUGAGCCAGUACAACAUCUUUGUUGAAGACAUCAUGGUGAGAAAGGUGAAGUUCAUAUCGUCUCAGUCCACAUACAGAGAAGUCAAACUCCUGCUGGACUCCUCCUCCCUCAAAUCCAUCCCACUGGUCGACUCAAAAGACUCUAUGAUCCUAUUGGGCAGCGUUGACAGGUUGGAGCUCCUGGCUCUCUGUGAUUGGUGGUUGUCACCGGAGAGAAGGCUUCUGACACAGGGGCGGAGCCUGCAGGAGCAGAACCAGUGUCAGGAGCACAGCUGGGAGUCCUUUGCUUUUGUAGACGAGGAGGAAGAGGAGGAAGGAGAGAAGGGCAGCCCGGUGCAGGAGGAGAGGAACGGACCCCUCCCUCCUCCAAAGCCUCCGGAGCCUUCGUCCAACCACACGGCUCCUGUUCCUGAUAAAGCUCCUCUCCAGUCGGUGAGGAAAACACUCAGGAGCCUCUUCC